AUGACGCAGUGUACGUUAGGAGACCAGCAUCACUUAACGUUGCAGAUUCAAUGUCGUGUCAUAUCACAUUAUAUAGAACAAAAACAGUGGAGAAAGGCCAAAGAGUUAACCAAGGCGGUAUCAACGACGUCACGAACGGUUCUAGGAGAGAACCAUCCCCUCACACUCAUUAGCACAGCCUAUCUAGCAGCGAGACACAGGGAGGAAAAGAAACUAACAAAGGCUGAAAACCUGAAUAAACAGGUAUCAGAAACGAGUCGAGUAGUUUUAGGAGAGGAACACCCCUAUAGACUCUUCUUCAAAGACAGUCUUGCAUCGACAUAUAGAGCUCAGGAGCACUUGCAAGAGGCUGAGGAGUUGAACCGGCAGGUUCUGGAGAUAUCCGAGAGGAUAUACAGAGAAGACCACCUCGGGAGGUUGGCGAGAAUGGAGGCUCUCGCUUUAACAUAUUUAAAGCAAGAGCGAUGGGAAUCCGCUAAGGAUAAAUUGGAAGAUGUACUAGCAGUAGGGAAAGAAGACCUUGGAGAGGACCAUCUCUUGACUAAGGCCAGCAGAAAUUAUCUAUCGCUAGUGGACCAGAACCAGAGUUGA